AUGCGUUCUCUUGAUUUGCGUACGUCGAUGAGGAGAUCAUUCAUGUAUUACCGGCGGGAGUUUUUAGGGGUCCCACUUAUGGUGUGUCGUGACGCUGUUGUUGUAUUAUGCGGUUGUAGAGUGGCACACUGCAGACAGAGCGAGACACGCUCUCUACGCUUAGGGAGGCCUUGUCCUGGUGGAACGUUGCGUGUGGUUCCCCUGUUUGAAACUGUGAAAGACCUAAGAGAAGCAGGUUCAGUUAUCAGAAAACUGUUAUCGAUUGAUUGGUACCGGGAGCACAUUAUAAAGAACCAUAAUGGUCAUCAAGAAGUGAUGAUCGGAUAUUCUGAUUCUGGUAAAGAUGCUGGGCGCUUCACUGCUGCGUGGGAGCUUUACAAAGCACAAGGGGAUGUUGUUGCUGCAUGCAAUGAGUUUGGAAUCAAAGUUACUCUUUUCCAUGGUCGAGGAGGGAGUAUUGGUCGUGGUGGUGGCACAACAUAUCUAGCCAUUCAAUCCCAAACACCUGGUUCUGUAAUGGGCACACUCCGUUCAACAGAGCAAGGGGAGAUGGUGCAGGCGAAUUUUGGUUUGCCACAGACUGCUAUUAGUCAUUGUUUUACAUGGUAUCAAGAUCAUGGUUAA